GUGAAAAGCGGCAGUCGUAACUGGACUUCGCAACAUGAGGAUAACCAUACCGGUCGUGGUUUAUUUGGCGAUCAUGUUUUAACUCUCCACAGUGCUGACAGAUGGAUCCUGGUUAUGCCUUAUUCUCUGUGGGCAUUAUGAUGAUCUGUCUGCUCGGAGCUGCACGCUGCUCCAAAGGCGAUGGAAUCGAUUGUCCCUGCCCAAAAAUUCCUCCCCGGAAUCUAACUGAACCUCCACCCACGACCUGCUUCCAGAUUAACAGCACUUUCCGCUACACGUGUAUAGGCGGUUACGUGAGGAAGGCGGGGACCUCAGAUCUCACCAAAUGCAAGCAAAUUAGGGGUGUUGCAGAGUGGAAAGUGCCCUCCCUCCAGUGUAUAUCUGACCCAAAGAGAACCACAACACAAACGCCAACGACCACAGCAACAGAGGGCCACACAGAUAUUCCCCAUGAGUCCAUCAUUACCACCACAGUCACAGCCUCCACCAGCCUACAGAUGACUCAGAGUAUAAGCACCUCAGCCUCAGUGACUGCAGGAGUAGGCAGCACAGAGCCAACCUCCCCUGGUCUGCAGGUCCCGUCAGAUCACUCACAGGCAGAUUCUGUGAGACAAUCCAAAGCAACGAGCAGCACAACAUCAACCUCAACCACCGCUGAGCCUUCGAACGGCUCUACAGCGAAUCCUCAGAAGUCCGACCCCAAACUUAGCAGCACGUCAAUAGCGAUGAUUGCCUUUGCUUCACUGGUGAUCAUCUGUGCUUUGAUUGGAAUCAGCUUCGUAUGUUAUAGAAGGAGGUUAAAAAACAUCAUCCCACAGCACGCAGCAGAAGAGCUGAUACUCAUGAAUCAAGUUCCAGCUGGACCAGCGUCGUAGACUUUGUUCCCGAUGACUCGGAGAGCAGCAGAGUCGCUGGAGCUCAGUGGAUCAUCUCCAUGCAGUGAAGGACGGGUUAUUACCUCCACCCAGAACUGGAGAGUGUGUGAUCGCCCUCCGUCCCACAGCCCAUUUGAUGUUCUGUCAACACAUCCAGAAAACAUCAUGGCUGGCUUGAUGGGACAAUUGUUGUUUGCGCAUUCCCAACAAUAUGAACUUACAAGCUUGUUCUGAGCAGUUACCAAGACACUUUAACCCAAUAUUUGAACUGCACAUGAGGACAUUUUGAAGACCUUGUUAGCAUCCACCUGGUGCUACAACAGGCGGUGCCUUUCAACCCCUCUCGUCCGGUUAGGCAACUAAAUCCCUAUUUACUGGGGUUUGAGUACAGUUUGGCCAAAACUACAGUGCCCAGCUGUUUUAGGGAAUUUUAGAAAUCAUUCUUGACAGGUUUUUCAAGAUUUAGUCAGUAUGAACCAACAAACCUGGUGCUGAGUGCUACAGUCAAGGAUUGUUGAUUUUGCUCCAGUCAGGGGAAUAAUUGACAAUAAGCCUUAUUACUUAACAUUUUUAGGCCAGUCUUGAUUGUUCAAGUGGCAGCAAACUGUGGGGAUUUUACGGUCUUGGUGAUAUUCUGCACUCCAAUUGUAUGUUUUUAAAAUUAAGAAACUGGAGAGUUAAAGGGUUUUGUCAUUAGACAGUGGAAAAUUAAGAGACAAAGACAUUUUGUAUGUGUUAGCAGCAGAUUCAGGUACACCGGUUCUCAGAGGCAGAGCUAAAACUAAAUGUAGCAAAGAACAAACUUUGGUCAAAAUAUAGUUUGCAGCCAUUUGUUUUACUCGUUCUUGUCCUUAGCACUCAUGAUUUUGAAAUGUCAGCAGGCUAGCUAAGUGCCUACAUGAAGCGCUAAAGGCUAGUAUGGCUAGCUGUAAACUAAGCUAGGCUAAAUAUCAAACGUAAAUGGGGCUAGUGUGGCAGCCUUCAUGACAUUAUCUCAUAUCUUUGCCCAAGCUUGUAUGACCUUACUGAACCAGAGAGCUAAGUAUUUGUGUCGCUGUUUGUUUAGCUGUUGUAACGCUUUGAGAAAUGUUUGCUUAAGCGACAACCUGCUAGCAGAUAGCAGUGAUCCAGGGGCACUGACCAAAGUGUUCGUCAGUACUGAUAUGUGUCCCACCCUGUGUGGAAGGAUCGGUUCACCCACAUCUCAAAAAACAGAAACAGCAGAAACCCGAUCGAGUCCCUUUCUUUGUUUUGCAUGUUGUCUCACACUGAAUACGAAGGCUUCCUCUUCAUAAAUAAUGUAAAACGUGUACGUUGGUAGCAAUUCUUGGCUUUUAGCAGCUGUAUCCAGAAGAUAUUACUGUGUGGCAUCAGCAAAGUUUUCCAUGAGGUGUUUCAAAAGUAUGCCUUAAUAAUCACUGUAUGAAUAUAUUAUUGAAAUGUGUUUCUUUUCCCGAGACACCUGAUAUUUAUGAAUUGAAUGUUGAAUAGUAUUUUAAAAAAAAAGUUUUCCAUCAAUGUUUUGUGUGCCUACUUUUGGACUUCACAUUUUCAUAGUUUCGUAAUGGUCAGAGUGAGAAAGCCUCUGCAGUUUCCACUGAAAUCACUCAUGAAAUAUGUGACGGGUCAGCAGCUUUAAGGCAGUGUGAAUCAGACUUUUUUUUCUUGUUCCUAUGCACUUUUGAUUUGUAUAAUUGUAAAUAUUUAAAAGAUACUAGACGUGUUGCAAAUGAAGGGCUUGACACAAUCAGUGAUUUCUGUAGCUGCUGAUUGUAGAAUCGGUUUUCAAGUCAAAACUAUAUUGACAACUUAUGCAAGAGUGAAGUUAUUAUGUCCAUUUCCAGAUGUUAUUUUUCAACGAAGUCCUUUGACUUCUUCGGUUCAAUUAAACUUGAUAAUAAAGUAAUACCAAAACACUUUCUGAGCCAAAAGUCAACACAACAGAGUUCCUGUUAUAUUCUCCUGUCACUCCUCUGCAGACUGAAACUCACAGCUGGUCAAGUCCUGUACACCAGUGUCGGCUCACUCCCACUUCUUCUCCAAAUGUAAGAAAAUUUCAGUUGUAUAUGCUCGGGAUGAAUAAAUU